AUGGAGGAGCUAUUCACCGCCUUCUUCCCGGCGAAAUAUGAACUCUGCCAGCGUUCACUCUUUUCUGCCUUCAAGCAGGGUGACGUUGAAGAUGGGCGGUCUAAGAGCUGGCUCGGCUCGCACCCAGCUGUUCCGAAUUUAGGCCUAGACGCUGGAGGUUGCGCUUCAGAAGCAUAG